CUGUUCCUCAUUUCCCUUGGCACUUUUGCCCUGACAAGUGCUUUUUCCCCGCUCCUUGCUUAGGCCAGUCCUUCCAUGCUGUCUUCCAGCCCUACCUCCUGCACGUCUCCCACUCCAGACGGGGAGAGCCCAGGUAAGAAGCUCCAGUGGGCUUCUGAGAAGAGGCGGCGGAGGACUUCAUCCACAGGCUCAGAGUCAAAGGCGCACGCGGACCCGUCCAAGGCGUCCAGGUUCCGGAGGUCCAGCCGGCUGACGGUGAAGUAUGACCUGGGGCAGCUGCAGCGCUGGCUGGAGAUGGAGGAAUGGGUGGAUGCUCAGAUUCAGGUGCUUUUCCAGGACCAUCCAGCCGCUUCUGAGAUUGAAGUCGACCUAGAGGCUCUGAUAGAACUGUCCACAGAGGAACAGAAGACACAGCUGGAGGCCAUUCUCCAGAACUGCCCCCGUGCCACAGAGUCUUUCAUCUCAGAGCUGCUCAGCCAACUCAAGAAAUUCCGGAGACUCAGCCGGCCUCAGAAGUAAUCCAGGAGAGACUGAUGGUUAGCAGGCUUGGCACUGCCAGCUCCCUGUGGGCCUCUGCAUCCUGGUGGAAGGACACAGCAGCUCCCAGGACUUGGACCAGGAACGGCAAGGCGGAGGAGGGAUGUUUGUAUGGCUCUCCUUAUGGACACACAGAGCUUGCUCCUCCGGGUUGGCCCUGGGUGCCAGUCAGGGCUGUAUCCCGAGGCUUUCCUUGGUCACCAAAUGGAUAAAACUUAGGAGAACCAGUUAA